CGGCAUGCGUACCAAAACGCAAGCCGCGAAUAUUAGGUUAGCCUGUUACAGAAACUGGCUACAGGUGAAGACGGCCAGUUACGUUAAAAAACUAUCGAAUAAAAAUAUCGCAAUCCGUCAAUUUCGCUGCAACAAUACUCUAGACAUGCGACCAAUACAAAAACCUGGUCCGAAAUCAAAAAGCCGGCAAAAUCCGCAUAAGCAGCCAGUUGCCGAUUUGGGCGAAACAAGCACCUCGAGUGAGACCGAUACAAGCUUUUAUUCACCACCAAGAGAUGAAAAUGUUACAGACUAUGGUUUGGACUUUAGCAAUACUUCUCGACGCAGCCGUGCACCAACCACGGCAACCCCAAGAGAUACUGCAGCAUCUUCGUCAAGAAAAGUGGCAUUGCCACCUACAGCAUCUACAUCACGGGCACUGACAAGACGCAAACAGCAGGUUCCAAAUCGAAGAGAACUGCGUAAGCUCUUAAACCGUACUGAUUUCAUGAUACCACGCCUUGCCUUUGGGCGAGUAGUUCGUGAAAUUAUGGUUAGCUUGGGGUCAGAGGUGCACUGCAUAACUCUGGGUGCUUUAGAAGGUCUACAAGCAGCAACAGAAGUGUAUAUAGAAAAUCGGUUUGAAGAUGUGAAUAUGUUAGCAAUGCACUGCCGUCGUAAAACGAUAAUGGUGCGAGAUAUGGAAUUAAUUCAAUUUUUGAUGAGCAAAAAUUGUGUAAUUUGAUAGUUUUCUUGUUUAUUUUAAUGAAAUUAACAUGUAAUUUGUAUGUUUUUAUGUUUGUAUACAAAUAAUGCAUGUAUAUGUAUGCAUAUUUGCAAUAAAUUUUAAGACUGCACAAAUCCGUGUGCUAAAAUAUA